UUUUGAAUUUUGAAUAAUUUUAUAACGUCUUAAAUAAUGGACAAUUAAAUAAUUUAAAGUGUUAAAUAAUGGACUUUUGAACAGAGUUAAUUAAAUAUUAUAUAAUGUCGCUCGGUAAACAGCCAACUGACCAUAUUAAAAGGCCAAUGAAUGCUUUUAUGGUUUGGUCGAGGGGUCAGAGACGGAAAAUGGCUCAAGACAAUCCUAAGAUGCAUAACUCAGAAAUAUCAAAGAGGCUGGGCGCGGAAUGGAAACUCCUCACUGAAAUGGAAAAGCGACCCUUCAUAGACGAAGCAAAGAGACUGAGAGCUCUACACAUGAAAGAGCAUCCCGACUACAAAUACCGUCCAAGAAGGAAACCCAAAGCCUUGGUAAAGAAGGAGCCCAAAUUUGGGUUUAACAUCAGCGGCCUCAUGGCUCCGGUUCCUCGGCUGAUGACACCUCUGCCGCAGCCCAUGCCGCAGAUGCCGAUGUCCCACCAUCUGCUACCGGACAAGCCAGACCUGGGCAGGCUAUUCCCACCUCUGCCUUACCCAUUUUAUCCCUUUGCAAAGAUAUCUGACGAAGGGAAACUAGCAGCUGAACUUGCUCAUUUACAGGCACUGUACGGUGGCGCCCUCUACAGCAGCGCGUUGUACAACAGCGCACUUUCCCCCUGCGGGUGUCCCCCCCGCAGGAGCCCCUCGCCGCCUCCACCAGACCUCAAGCGUCCCCUGGCCUACGUCCUCAUGAAGAGUGACGAGGAGCCUCCGCAGCACGUCAUAUGAAGGCCGGUCGCGCUCCCGGCGCGCCCGUACGCGCACUGGGAGCGACCCUCCACAUCCACAGAGAGGGAUAGCACGCCAGAUAGUAUUUAAGAGUACACAA